AUGUCAGGUCAUUCUUCACCUCCCGUUCUCUCACAGCCCGUGGGUAUUCUGGGUGCAGGAGUAGCCGGUCUCAUAAAUGCCUAUGUACUGCUCCAAGAUGGGUUUACGAAUAUCACAGUCAUCACUCGCGAUCGGUCGGUCGGGGGAGUAUGGUCUAGAGAUAGAGUCUACCCAGGCCUGCAUAUUAACAACGUCCAUGGCGAAUACAGGUUUUCACCUAUGCCUAUGCCUCCUCCCGAGGACUCUGAAGAGACCGGCGGUCACAUCACAGGAAUGGGCAUGUGCAACUAUAUGGAAACGUUCUAUACCACAUUCCUAAAGAACAAAGUGGAUUUUGCAUUCGAGACCGAAAUCACGACCGUCCGGCGCAUGCAGAAGGAGUCGUGGGAGGUGGAAGUUAAAGACCUUCAAACACAUACUGUGAAGGUGCUGAGUUUUGCUCGAAUUGUAUUGGCAACAGGGGGCUGCAGCAAUCCGAAGAUACCAGAUGAAUUGUCGCUGGAAAGAGCUAAAGAGGUGAAAUUCAGCGGGAUGAUUCUGCACUCCUCUGAGUUCCGUAUUCGCCUCGAGUCUAUCCUUGAAAAGGUUAAGCCGAAGGAACAAACGGAUGACACAAUCUUAGUAGUCGGAGGGGGAAAAUCGGCUAUGGAUAUGUGCGCUAAAUUGACACUCGAGGGUCGGAGAGUUGCCAAUGUUCUCACAACCCCGGAUACAUUCAUCGCGUCGACUUUCCGUAUUCCUGAUUUCAUCAGGAAAAGCAGGUUUUUGGGUCUUCUUUCUCCUCAUAUAACCCUCAACACACGCCUUGAGCGUUUUCUGCAUACAACAACUAUAGGCAGCACAAUCGCUCGAUUUAUUCUCAAUAAAUUAGAGCAAACAUCCCUCAAUGCUUAUAAGGUGUCGGAUAACUCGCCGUUGCGACCUAAUGCUGCAAGAAAUUCAAUUCUCUGGGGAAUUCGAACUAAUGACGAAGGACUCGCCAAUCCCAAGGCAUACUACUCACUCGUUAAUGAGGGUAAAAUUAAGGUCAUUGCUCCAGCACGAGCAAUUGGAUAUGAUGCGGAUGGAGCUUCCGUGAACCUGAGUACUGGCGAAAAGAUACGCGCGAGCGUUGUAAUUCUUGCCACUGGAUGGAAAAGCUCGUGGGCUGAUAUAUUUGACGAGACAACGGCGUCCGAGUUGGGUAUUGGAAGACACCCUCCAACAUACGAUCUUCAAGAUGUCGAGUCCCUUUGGAAAGACUACAAGACACUCUGUGAUCCUCCACCUAGACAUGCUGGUCAUGAGACGCACUAUGUAACAUCGAUAUACCGUGGUUUAAUCCCAGGCAAGAACCUGAACAAUCGCGAUUUCGCUAUAGCAGGGGCAAUUUUCUCCUCAAAUUUGGGCUACACCGGUGAAGUAGCCGCUCAUUGGAUAUCGACAUACUUCCAAGGCAGCCCUAUGCGACUUCCUUCCUCGCCCGAAGCAGCAGUUGCAGAAGCCGAGCUUCGCUCAGCAUGGAUGAAAUUCAGAUACCCAAACAUGUUAUCUUGGGUGAAUGAGAGCUACAGCACUACGCUGGACUUCUGGACGUGGCCACAAGCAGCUGACGAGCUACUAGCUGACAUGUACGUACCAAAUAUGCGAAGUGGUGGUAAUUGGUUUACAUGGCCGUUCCGUGUCAUUGACCUUAAGGAAUUGGCGACUUUGGGAGAGGAAAGAAGGGCUGUACGAGAACGGAUGAUGUAG